AUGAAGCAAGAACAUAACGAUCAUUACUUACUACGAUGGCUCAGAGCGAGGCAAUGGGAUCCAGUCGCAGCGGAGAAAAUGCUGAGAGAUUCCCUAAAAUGGAGAGAGAAGUGGGGUAUCGACAAAGAACUUCAGACCUGGCAAGCUCCAGACGUUCUAGAUAAAUAUUUUCCUAGCGGCAGCACCGGUUUCGACAAAGAAGGUUCACCAGUGAUCAUCGUCCCGUUUGUGGGUUUAGACAUCUGGGGUCUACUUCACUCUGUAUCUAAAACCGACGUGAUCCGUCAGAUCUUGAGACAUUUGGAGAACUACCUCACGAUAGCAAGAAGUCAGGCUGCUGAACGAGGACCUAACGCUUUGAAGGUGGUAGUAAUAUUCGACAUGGAAGGGUUCCACAUAAGACAGUAUGCGUGGAAGCCGGCGGCUGAGUUGGUCUUCACGCUGUUACAGCUGUACGAAGCCAACUAUCCUGAAAUAUUGAAGAUUUGUUAUAUAGUUAAUGCACCAAAAGUAUUCUCGUUGGCGUUCUCCGUUAUCAAGAAGUUCAUGCACGAGUAUACGAUAUCUAAGAUAAAGAUCUACGGGUCUGAUGCUAAGAAGUGGCAGGCGCAAGUGGUGUCCGUGGUUGACAAGGAUCAACUGCCCGUGCACUACGGAGGCACCAUGGUCGAUGAAAGCGGGGAUCCGAAAUGUGGGCUACUUGUCAAGCCAGGUGGUAAAAUUCCUAAAAGCUACUACACUGACAACCCAGGGUUGGAUUCGUCAGAGAAUGGGUACACAAAAGUUACAAUCAAGACGGGCGAGAAACACGUUAUCGAUUUACUUUGCUCUGAUAACGACAGUGUGUUGAAGUGGGAUUGCGGAGUGGAAAGCCAUGACAUCAAGUUUUUAAUUAAGCGUCGCGAUGAGGAUGGCAACGAGACCAUUGUGCACGGGCCACAAAAACUAAGUGAAGGACCUUCUGAGAUUGGUGUGAUGGCAGUUACUGGUCCUGCUACUUACUCAGUGAUAUUUGACAACAAGAACGCGUUUCUACGUAACAAGAAGGUAUAUUACGAUUUACUGCUCACAGUACCGUCCAAGGACCUGAACUUGGAUGAUGAGCCUACCGAGGACAAGAAAUCAGUAGCUUGCAGUGCUAAAGAAUGA